AUGGCAGACCUCAAUUCAAUGCUGCUGCAGCAUCUGGCCUCUGCGGGUCUGGGGCGACAAGUUCUAGAAGACGUCGACACGGCUUUGCGGGCUGCGGGAAAGUCCAUGGCGACGUCAGAUCUGACAAAGGUAUACGAUUGUGCGAUGCAGGGACAGCUGCGUGUUCGCGCUUGCUUGCUCAGUGGACGUGAAUGCUCCGUCUCAGUGUCUCCCUGGACGACGGUCGCAGAAACGAAGGCCAUGUUGACUUCAGAACUGGACAUUCAGAAUAACGACUACUCCUUAGCAAGUGAGGGGCAGGUCUUGCCAGGAGAUCAGGCCAUUGGAAGAUACGUCUCACCGACGAGUGGCCCACUUGCGCUUGUUUUCCUGGACCCCAUCGCAAUGUUAGCAAACGAGCUGGAUUCAGCAAGCCCCCCUCGGCAGAAGCAAUUGAUUGGCGAACGAUUGUUCCCUAAAGUCUUCCAGGCUCAGCCGACCGUGGCCGGCAAAAUUACUGGAAUGCUGCUCGAGUUAGACAACCACGAACUGCUAAGCCUGCUUGCGUCCGACCUCGAACUACAGAGCAGGAUUGAUGAGGCCGUUGCUGUUCUUCAGGGGCUUCGGGUUGGGCGUUAG